AUGGAGCUCCCAUGGCUUCUCCUUCCCACAGCUAUUCUCCUUCCUGUCGUUUUAUUCCUCCUCUCAAUUGCAUGGAACCGCCGCUUACCGCCGGGGCCGGCCAGCCUGCCUUGGCUUGGAAACUUGCUAUAUUUACAGCACUUUGACGAAGACUCCAUGGACAUCCUGAACGCUGAGAGGCGCCUCCAUGCGCGCUACGGCCCGGUUCUCGGCCUCCAAGUGGGCAACCGCCUGCAGGUUAGCGUGGCAGACCGCUACCUCGCCCACACUGCGCUGGUCGGCCAUGGCACCGCCCUGGCUGAUCGGCCGGACUACGCCGUGCGCAACUUCGGUGGCCUGAACGCCAUCACCAUCACGUCCGCCAACUACGGCCCAAUCUGGCGCCUCUUCCGUAGAAACUUGGUGGCUGAGAUCGCGCACCCGGCCAGGCUCCGGCUGUUCGCGCCGCUGCGGGCGUCCGUGCUUGCUGACAUGACGGACAAGCUAUGGCGCCAGCAGCAGGAAGCAGGAAACACGGGCGUCGCCGUCAGGGACACCUUUCUGCUCGCCAUGUUCCACCUCUUGGUGGCCAUGUGCUUCGGCGAGCGGGUUGACGAUGGCGUUGUGCGCGAGAUUAUCUCUGCGCUGCGUGAGCUCAUGAUCUACUCCUUGACCAAGCUGAGGGUCUUGGACUACCUCCCGGCGGUCACGACGCGCCUCUUCCGCGGCCGACUGGAUGCCAUGCACGCUAUGCGCAGCAAGCUCAAGGAGAUGUACUUGCCCUUGAUCGAUGCCCGGAGGGAGCGCAAGAAGCUGCUUUCCAGCAGCCAACCGCCGUCUCCUCAGAAUCAGGAUGAGACGAGGACGUUGCCGCACUGCUACGUGGACUCGUUGCUCGACCUCAGGCUCGACUCCGAGAGCGGCCGCCCUCUCACUGACGACGAGGUACUUGCCAUGUGCUCCGAGCUGCUGAUACAAGGGACAGACACCACAGCCACGGCGCUAGAGUGGAUCAUGGCCGAGCUGGUGAAGAAUCAGCACGUCCAGGACAAGCUCUUCGAUGAGAUCUCAAUUGGUACAGAUCCCGACGAUCUACACCGGCCAGAGGGCCUGCACAAGAUACAGUACCUCCGGGCGGUGGUGCUUGAGGGCCUCCGGCGCCACCCACCCGGGCACCAGGUGGUGAUGCACGCUGCGGCUGAGGACAUGGAGAUCGGUGGGUGCGUGAUCCCCAGGGGCACGCCAGUGAACUUCAUGGUGGCCGACAUGGCCCUGGAUGAGAAGACUUGGGACCGGCCACGAGAGUUCCUACCGGAGCGGUUCCUCGCGGGAGGUGACGGCGAUGGGGUUGACAUCACCGGCACCAAGGAGAUCAAGAUGAUGCCAUUCGGAGCCGGGCGGAGGAUCUGUCCGGGGCUAGGCGUCGCCACCAUGCACCUCGAGUACUUAGUGGAGAACCUAGUGCGUGCGUUUUACUGGCGGGCGGUUGAAGGGGAAGAGGUGGACGUCGUCUCUGAGGAGGCCCAGUUCACCGUCGUCAUGAAGAAACCGCUCUGUGUUCGCCUCGUGCAGAGAGCUGCCAUUUAA